CCCCUCCUGAGAAUGAAUAUUUGCCUGGUGCCUCACAGCAAGAUGAUCAGAGUUUCUUGAUGCAAGGAGGUUCACUAAUAAUGCUGAGCACCAUGUCAGCAGUGACCAAUCAGCCUCUUCCCUUUGGUCCACUUGAGAGAGAGAAGCACAUCCAGGUGGUUUUCAAAGCUUUCAAGAGCCACUGUGGGCCUACUUGUGAGUGUCAGACUCACUUAGCUGGACCCAAAUCCCACCAAGCGACUCCAGGUUGUGACUCUGAAGACCAACAGACCCAUCAGAGGGGGAUGGAGAAAGGUAGCAUGCAGCCAUCCAGGUCGCUAAAGAGGCUGAAGGUGGAGGAGCAGAAACUGGAAGAUGCAGCAGGACUGAACUUUAUGUCUGUCCUUGAAACAGUCAGACAGAUUCACAUCACUGCCAGACCAGAGCUGCAAGGCCCACAAUGUGUUUCUAGGAGGGUUUUCAGCAUCACCACAGGAGGCAGCAGGUCACAGAUGUUUGUGGCUGUGGAAGAGAGUUCAUGUGUAUGCUUCCAGUGUUGCGGCCCAGCUCGGGCCUGUUUCCUGCAGGGCUUUGACUAUCAGGGCCGCCAGGUCUUUUUCUUUGAACGGCCAAUGAGGGUGGAUGCCUGCUGCCUCGGAUGCUGCCUGAUGGAGAUGAGAGCCUACUCGCCUGAAAAGAAUCUCAUUGGAACAGUAUAUCAAAGGUGGAGCAUGUUCACCCCUCUCCUGGAAGUGUGCGAUCCAGAAGGAGCAUCUACAAUCAGAAUCCAAGGCUCCUGCUGCCCGUGUCGCUGCUUCUCCAACCAGCAGUUCCAGAUUGUCUCCAACGUUGGUGAAAAAAUAGGCAAAAUAUGGAAAAAGUGGCCUGGUUUCAAUGAUGAUCGCAACAUGGACCACGUUUUUGGAUUGGAGGUGCCACUGAGUUUGGCGUCACACAACAAACUCCUGCUUCUGGCAGCCACUUUCUUAUUGAAUUACAUGUUCUUUGAGAUGAGCUGAUCAGUGCCAAGGAGCCUGCCAUUAGCAACACGCCACUCGAAGAUCCAGCUGCCACAUGGGACAUGAGAACUGCACCACAAACAAAGGCCUCCCAUUGCUUACAAAGAUGGACCAUGAUGGGGAAAAACAAUAGAUGGAAAGAAAUAGUGGAAGCAGAGACCUAACUUUUUAACUUAGUUUCAGCAUCCAUUAAUGAAAUGAAGUGAGACUGAGCCAACUUUAGACAGCAGAUGCAUACGUAACAAUUUAUUGCUGUAAUCCAUCAGGUGUACAUCCAGUUCUUUCUUCACUUUUGACCACAGACAACCUGCUUCCAUCAACACGUGACCAGACGUGGGCAUUACAGUUCCACAAAACUAUCGCCCCCCCACCCUCACCAAACCUGCAUCCUGGCCAGUUUCAUUCCUCUAUGACAAGAAAAAGAUCUGUUUCAGGACGCUCUACACCUUUGCUGGGGGGCCUUAAGGCAAACCUUUCCUUUCCAUGGAUUCUUCAACGAUGGAGCAUAGACGGUACUAACAGAGGAGACAUGUUGGUAUUGAGGCCAGGCACAUUGAUUUAGGCAAGCUUAAGAGUUCAUUCUAAGAUGGAGCUCGACAAACUUCUGCCCAAACACUGGAUGGUUCACAUCCUUUGGGACUGAAUUCCCAAGUCACAGACAGAGAAUCAUUUAUGAUUCAGCAAAUGAUCCCGAAAUGUAUUUACAAAUGUAUCAUACACAAUAAUAUCUGUUCUCUAGUUCAAAAAUGGCCAGCGGAAUUAUAGUUAAAAUACAGCACAGUAAUAAAAUAUUGUCAACCUGGAACCCUGUUUGAAUCGCAAUAAAACAGAUUAAGACAGACUUAUUUCAACAGCAGGUGUGAUGG